CCCUACCCUUGUCAAUCGUAUGUGGUCCGUGCGGUGGCACCACCGUACUGUACCUCCACUCAGGCAUUUGAGAUUACUGCGAACACAACUUUUCACGGGAGUGAGACACAAUGACACUCACAUCGUAUGCAUGAACGACCUGGUAUGAGACACUCCUUCGUGAACGAAAGUGCUGUCGGAGAUGACCAUGCCAUGUCUACUUGAACUCAUCGUUUCCGUCUGGGGACUGUAUCUAGAGAUUGAACAUUACUGAUUGCACACUCUUCACUCACGCAAUGUGCAUAUCUCUCCUUUCGACAGCACAUCCGCAAUACCCAUUCAUUCUCCUGAACAACCGUGACGAAUUCCUUGACCGCUCAACUGCGGCCCUGCACAGAUGGGAGCCGCCCGAUAACAAGGUCUUCGGAGGCAGGGACCUUCAACGCAAGGAACAAGGCACCUGGCUCGCUAUCACCACACAAGGACGCAUUGCGAACCUGACGAACUUCCGAGAGGAAGGCAUCGAGGUCUCGAAAGGCAAGAGUCGCGGCCUCCUACCACUCGGUUACGUCACCGCCGUACCGGAAGUGGCCGAGAGCGACGAAGCCUUCAUCAAGCAAUCACUCGACCUCGGAGUCGACGACAUGGGCGGCUUCAGCCUUGUUUUUGGCCAGCUACGUGCGCCAAGGGAGGAUGGAAGUCGGCCUGGCCUCUCGAUCUUAUCGAACCGCACCGCCUCCGUUGACGGCGUGACGAGAAUCUGCACGAAGGCAGGCGAGACGCACGGGCUCAGCAACAGUCAUUUCGGCGACCGUAGCUGGCCCAAAGUGGUCCAGGGCGAACAGUUUCUGAAGGAAGCUAUCCAAGCCAACAUUGACCGUGGUGAGGACCAGCAGAAGUUCAUCGAUGAUCUAUUCCACAUUCUGUCUGUCGAUACGUUCCCGCAGGUGCAGCCGGGCGAGCCGUUCGCACUCUAUGCCAGGCAGAUGCGAAAUACGAUCUUUGUGCCGCCGGUGCGUGGCAAGUUUGCUGACAAUCAGCCGGCGGAUCGACUGGCGGCUGCCCGUUUUGAUGCGCUUGAUCCUCCGAAUAAUGCUGUGGAUCACGGGAGUUACGGGACUAGGCAGCAGAGCGUGGUGUUGGUCGAUGGCGAGGGUGUGGUGACGUUCGAUGAGAGGACGCUGUAUAGAGAAGAUGGCAAGCUCAACACGCCUGGAGAUGUUGUACAGCGGGUUCGUUUCACUAUUGAAGGGUGGAACGACUGAUGUGCAACCCGAGGCUGUGAAGGUCGCCCUCUAAUACGAGGACGCAGGAGAUGGUGGGAACGCUUGCAGGUACUAUAGUACAAACCAGCAUUGCUGCCGGCAUCAUGAUAAGAAACAUGGCCGGUUCCCUCCCGCCAUCCGUGGUAUCAUUCAGCCCAUGCGCGAGGCAUGAGCCAUUAAGUCACAGGCACCCGCAGUGUACUCCAAGCGAAACAUAGAGCUUGAGGCUGAAGCGCCAGCCACAUCGUGAGAGGCGACGCAGCGUACUCCCAGCGGCUCGUGGAAGCGCGAAGAACGAUUUGAUGCAGUCGAAAGAGGAGCCUACUCCUCUUCCUCAUCAUCGUCGACACCCUGGCUGGUGUAAGCAGCCUUCUCCUCUUCGUA